AUGAUAUCAACUUUUUCGCUGACUCUGCUAUUUUCAUUAAUCAACGUUGCGAUUUUAUUACAUAUUGAGCAAUCAACUCUUGAAACACGUGUUAAACAUGCGGACACCAUACUCUUCGGUCGAUUUAACUGGGAGAGUUUCGUCAGUGCGGAAAAAUACAAUACGUUUGAAUUCAUUGUUUAUUGUACGAUCAAGAAAAGUAAACCGCCUGCAAAUGUUCCACGUUCAAUCCGUGUGAUUAUUUCAGACAAUGCAACAGAAAUCGAUAUGAAGAAGAAUCGAUGGUUUAUUUUGUUUCCGAAGAUGAGUCAAACCAGAAAUACCUGGAUUGUCAACGAUCGAAAUGAUGCAUUUGAUUUAGACGAUGAUUUAGAGCUUCGAAUAUUCGAGCAAUUCUGUUUUCUUAAACCCAAACUUCCAUACGGUUUUCCUAACAUUGGCCUUCUCGAUCGUUGUCCUAAACCAAGUUCUGAACAUUGUCUCAGUAACGGUACGCGGAUUCGACAUGAUGAAUUAUUGGAAUUGAAAACAUUUCUUACGAGUACAACUACGAGAAAAUCGAAAUUAAAAACAACCAUUGUUAAACACAAAGAAUUUAUUAAACCUGUUUGGUAA